AGCAGCCGUUCCUGCUUUGUGAGGCAGAGAUCAAGAUUCCUCUGGAGUUUCCUGCUUUUGUGGGAUAGACCUAGAAGAGCUGCAAAAGCGUAGAAGGUAUGUGAUCGUCUAGAAAUUGCCUUGGAUUAAGAACCUGGAAAAACAAGGUUUCACACUCAAAACUCGUACAACAGCAUCUUCCCAUCAUUCAGCAGUGGCUGGCUUUUAGUUUCAAAAGAAAUCUUUAUUGCCUCCCUAGAAGAAAACUCAGAAGGAGGGAGAGUUUGUACCAGUGUCCCAUCCUCAGGUCAGAAGGAAAAGGAGCAAGGACAAAAGCGCUUGCACAUUUUUCCUUGUGAUGAAGAGAGAACGUAAAACAUGACUGUUUCUACCUACCAAAACCUGUCUCUGAUGUCUGUCCCCUUAACUGCUCAUCUGUUUUCAAGUGUCUGCUACCAGCAUCUGUACUGCCAUGUGGUUAGAGACACAGUGGAAGAACAUCCGCCAAGCCUUGUUGCUUCUUUUCACUGCUGCUCUUCUCAUUGGGGUCACCAUGCUGGCCAUUUCAUCCAACAUCAAUCCAGUAGGCUAUUUCUUCCUAGGGGUAGGGGGAGUGUGCCUGAUCGGCUAUUUGCUGAGUGUGUUUGUUGAGUGUUACCUGAGGAAUCGACAGCGACGUGACGCAAACGAGGUAUCUCCAAACAGGCAAAACCAAGCAGGGGUGAACGCUGCCUAUGAAGCACCCACCUAUGAGGAAGUGAUGACCAUGUCAGUUCCAGCAAUAUGGACAAUUGCAUCCAAUCCAGGCUUAGUGCCCUCGCCACUGAAUGAGCCUCCUCCUUACAACGUAGUUAUUGAAUCAUCCACCCAAGAAGAGAUUAUGGUGGAGGCUCUCAGGAUGUCAGUGGCAUCAGACACAGGGCGAACCUCUGAGACAGAUACAGGACCCAGGAUGCAGUUGCAGCUGGUGCUGCCCCCAAGACUGCAGCGGUUUGUUUCGGAUAUCCAUGAAGUGAAAGGUGUUGAAGACAGGUUUGAACCACUGGAGCCACUCACUCCACCACCUGCUUAUGAGAGUGCUGUCAACGAUGAUGUCUUUGAAGAUGCUUUCCAGCCCUCCAUAUUAUGAUUCAUUUCACCUUCCAGGAAUGCAGAACGAAAUCCUCUGCCCAAUAUAGAAUGCUCCUAGAAGGUGAAAGAGCUGAGAUAUUUCACACCACAAACUGUACAAAUUUGCCUCACCAUUCUUUGAACCAGAGCUGAGCUAGAGGCACAGCUUCUGAUGUCACUAGAACUUUUUGCACAAAAUACAAACCAAUGCAAUACCACAGUGCUUUGUCUUAGCAGAUACAUAAAACCACUGGGAGGAAAGCCAUGUUAUACCUGGCAACAAUUCUUAAACUGGAGAGACACCUUUAUGGAGGAGGAAUGUGAAUCCUGAGAAAAGGUUUCCAAAGGACCUCUGAAGAAGGACUGUAGGAUGCAGUCAGGAGAAGUUGCCUGGGAUAGGGGAAAAAUAGAAACAGCACUAAGUAGAUUCUGCCUGUGCAUUACAAACAGCUUUGCAAUCAUCAGUCACCCUAAAACGCCUACUGAGAGACUGAGGCUGCAGUUCCCCCGAGUUGCUGCUUUGCAGCAAUACAAAUUUAUAGUCUACACUGUUUGU